AUGCAAUUCCAAUAUUCAUUCGCCCUUCUACCUCUCUUAGCUGGUCUUGCUAGUCAGACUGGUGCUGUACCUAUUUACACGUUGAUCAAAAGGGAGGUUCCACAAGAAAAAUCCCAUGCGAGUAUCUUACAAGCUGUCCAAACUGUUUUACAACAAGACAAUCCUCUAGGUAUCGUCGAUCCCGUAUUUGGUCUCCUGGGUAAUGCAGCUGCAGCAGCUGGUGCAGGUCAAGUCACCAAUACCGAUUGUCUCCAACAAGCCACCGCCGAUCAGGCGUUCACCAAUGCGAAAGCUGCGAAUGAUGUGGCUGGUAUGACGGCCGCUCUGACUUAUAGAGCUUUGGAGAGAAAUACAGGUCAAGUGGGACUGGCAAGUGUUUUGUGCACCGACACACCAGCCAAUCCCGAAAUAGCCGCUAUAUCACAACAUCAAGAUCCCGCCUCAGCCGACGCAGCAGCCACUAACAAAGCUAUCACCCUUGCCCUUGCACAGCAAAUCGCUGCUAUAGGUGGUGAUCCCCUUGACGCACUCAAGAGCGGGACAUUCGCACCUGGAGAUACAAGCGAUCCGACUGGUAAAGGGAAUAGCUGUGAUGAUGAUGAUUGUAUUUUCACUCAAAACCUGCUUGUGGAGGACGCCACUGAAGAAGAGAUCAACGCCGCUGUGGCUGGAGUCACUUCUACUGGUACAGCUGGUACAGCUGAUGCAGUUACCGGUACUGAUACGAUUACUGCCGGAUGUCCAGCUGUGGUUGACGACGCGGCUACUGGAAAUACCACUUCUACAGAUACCACUGGCACUGCUACCGAUGCGGCUUCAGGUGCAGGAGAUACGGCCGAUACAAUUGGUACAGCGACUAAUACCACUCCUGCUGCUGGGAUCGACGUUGGAUCAUGCACAGAUUUCUCCAUGACUUUCGCCGCCGGAUUGGACGGCCGUAAAGCAGAUGAAUUCUCUUUCGAACCUUCCGACCUUGUAAACUUCAAUCACGGUACCGCCCUCAACCCAUCUAUCAUCACUCAAUUCAUGUGCGAUACAUUCGUCAACGCUUGUGCUAAUUCAGCAACUACUAGAAAUGUCUGCAAAACCGUUGCUGCUGAUUUAGAUUCCCAACUUGCUUCUGGAGCUUUACAGAGAGAUCAAGGAUUCGCUGAUGCCUGGUUAACUGGGCUUGAAACUGCCUUUGGUAUUCAAUCCACUGGUACAGGUACUGCAUCUGGUGCCGCUGCUGCCGAUUCAGCGGAUACCGGUGCUGCUGCCGACACUACUGCUUCAGCCGAGGAUGCUACCACGAUCGAUUCUGCCGAUGCCACUGCCACGACCAGCACCGCUGCUACCGCUGAUUCAGCCAGUACUGCUACUGCUACUACUGCCACCGGUGAUGCCAAUACUCCCACUACUGCUACCGGUGAUGACCUCCAGACUUUCUCUGAGGCGUUAAACGGAGUAGCUGCCACUCCUGUGAUCAAUAUCGGUGGAACCAGACCGUUCCAAGUCAAAGGUGAUACGUUCGUCAAUGCUGGUGCGGCUUUCCAGAGAAGUUGCGAUCAACAGUUCAAUGGAUGUGCCAACGUUGCUAAUUCCGGAUCGGGCGAUGCGAGUGUAGCUGAUUGCUCGGCUCAGAAAGAUCGAUGUAGUGCUGCUACACCUCAAGCUUAG